CGGCUCCUCCCCUUCAGUCUUGAACAGGUGUACUGGCUCCUCCCCUUCAGUCUUGCACAGGUGUACAAGCUCCUCCUCUUCAGUCUUGCUCAGGUGUACUGGCUCCUCCUCUCCAGUCUUGCACAGGUGUACCAGCUCCUCCCCUUCAGUCUUGAAAGGUGUUCCGGCCCCUCCCCUUCAGUCUUGCACAGGUGUACUGGCUCCUCCCCUUCAGUCUUUCACAGGUGUACCAGCUCCUCCCCUUCUUUCUUGCACAGGUGUACCGGCUCCUCCCCUUCAGUCUUGCACAAGUGUAAAGGCUCCUCCCCUUCAGUCUUUGGCACAGGUGUAGUGGCUCCUCCCCUUCAGUCUUGAACAGGCAUACCUGCUCCUCCCCUUCAGUUUUGCACAGGUGUAUCAGCUCCUCCCCUUCAGUCUUACACAGUUGUACUGGCUCCUCCCCUUCAGUCUUGCACAGGUGUACCGGCUCCUCCCCUUCAGUCUUGCACAGGUGUACCGGCUCCUCCCCUUCAGUCUUGCACAGGUGGUGUACCAGCUCCUCCCUUUCCAGUCUUGCACAGGUGUACCUGCUCCUCCCCUCUAGUCUUGCACAGGUGUACUGGCUCCUCCCCUUCAUUCGU